AUGGUAUUUCCCUACACCGGACCGACUCCUUUGACAUUGGCAGUCGAGAAUGAGCAAGAGGACAUUGUGAAAGUGCUUCUGGAUCGUGGCGCCAACAUUUAUGGCGGUCCCCUCAGUACGGCUAUUGUGGGGUGCAAUAUCAAGAUGACUGAACUACUCUUAACCAAAUUUGAGCAUGUCGAAGGCCGGCUUAAUCCUUUGGUCGUCGCAGUAAGGGAUGGCGAUAUGGACAUAUUCAGAUUCCUCUUAGACAGAGGGUUCAACCAGGAGGAGGCUUUGGUGGAAGCAAUUGAGCAUGAUCGCGAAGAGAUCGUUAACAUACUCCUCGAAAGAGGGACAGAUCCGGAUGUCCCAAGCGUACCAUGCACGAGUGCUGUCAGUGCAGCAAUUGUCCGUCGGAAUGGUACUAUUUUGAGAAACCUGCUGCAAUAUGGGGCUCAUAUUCACCCUGAGACCCUGAAGUUUACGGGAUGGCAGAGCCCGGAGGAUAUAGCAGCGUUGGCAAAACAGUUUCCCAUUCUCACUUAUUCGAGAAAGUCGAUGCAUCCCCCCAAAGAUAAUGGAUUUCAAUUCAUUUGA